UGCGGCCCGCCGACAGUGCCGCUGCGACCGCGCCGCCGCCACCACACCCGCAGCGCUCCCCACGACGCGAGUUUGAGACAAACUUUUCGAACUCGGAAAGAUGGCCGGAAAGUUUUAAUUACCGCACGAGAGGUUUAUGGGUUACGAUAUCGACGGUCUCCGCUGGUGAUGUGCGAUGGGCCCGCAGGAGGGAAGGGUUCGGCGGAGAUCGCAGUGCGCGCGAGUGGUGUUGGCGAGCUGCGCGUGGGCCUGCGCGCUGGCACUGGGCGCGCGCGCCGACGUCGACACCUCCACGGGGCUGGGGGACAACACCUUGACUAACACAGUUCUGGAGGAGCCGGAAUUCACCGAUGUUAUACAAAACGUAACUGUUCCGGCCGGGAGGAGCGUCCGGCUGGCCUGUUCCGUGAAAAACCUGGGCUCCUACAAGGUGGCAUGGAUGCACUUCGAGCAGUCGGCCAUCUUGACUGUGCACAACCACGUGAUCACGCGCAACCCGCGUGUCAGCGUGACGCACGACAAGCACCGCACGUGGUUCCUGCACAUCAGCGACGUGCGCGAGGAGGACCGCGGCCGCUACAUGUGCCAGAUCAACACCGUCACCGCCAAGACUCAGUUCGGAUAUCUACAUGUUGUCGUUCCCCCGUCGAUCGACGACUCGUUGAGCUCGAGCGACGUCAUCGUCCGAGAGGGGGCGAACGUCACCCUGACGUGUCGCGCUAAUGGCUCUCCUAAGCCGACCAUCAAGUGGAAGCGGGAUGACAACUCAAAAAUCUCCAUCAGCAAGAGCCAUUCAGUGUCGGAGUGGGAGGGCGAGGUGCUAGAGAUGGCGCGCAUCUCGCGGCUUGAUAUGGGCGCCUACCUGUGUAUAGCGAGCAACGGCGUGCCGCCCACUGUGUCCAAACGAGUCAAAGUCAGCGUUGAUUUUCCACCCAUGCUCUGGAUCCCGCACCAGCUGGUCGGAGCGCCACUGUACUACAACGUGACGCUGGAGUGUUUUACCGAAGCCCACCCCACCUCACUGAACUACUGGACCAGAGACGAUGGGCACAUGAUACACGAAAGCCCUAAAUACCACAUGGAAAAUACCGUGGGAUCGCCUUCCUACAAGACCCACAUGAAACUUCUCAUCAGAAACAUCAUAUCCGAGGACUACGGGACAUACAAAUGCGUCGCUAAAAAUCCCAGAGGGGAGUCGGACGGGACAAUCAGAUUAUACACAUCGUCACCACCGACAACGACGCCGGACCCCCUAGCGAUGACGGUGCCGCCACCGUCAAAGCCGCCGCGACGAGACACACCACUCACAGACAAAGGAACGAAGUAUCAGUCCAACUUGAAUGAAAUCGAUAAGGGGAAGCAGAAGUCUGACGAGGGGGGCGGGAAGACGCACCUCAACUGGGUGGGUGGUGCAUCACAAGUUACAGAUAACGCUGAGAGGAGAAGGUGCCAUCUAGAACUUGUCGUAGUUAUUUACGUCAUUGUAAACUUAGGAUUAUUUUAAAUGCACUUGUGUUACUUACUACAAAGUCAACGCAUGUUGAGAUUUUUGUUUUAACAAAUCAAAAUUUGAAAUUUUGUAAAUGGGACGUUUAAUCACAAAAACUAAAGAAAUAAGGAAUAGAUCGAUCACUCCAUGUUAACCUAGUCCGUAAUUAUAACGAAAAUAGAUUUUAAAUAUUUUAGACAUUCAA